GCGCACACCCCCCAUCACGCCCUCUUCCGAAGCAACCAUCAGCUCACCCACCCUCAUCGCCACCCGCAAUCUGCUCUCCAAACGCUACCGUGAAAACCGCUGCUAUCUCCAAUACAUCAAAUCUGGACAUCCGCACAUCUGCGCCCUGGACGCCUUUCUCGAUUUCACAUCCCAAUUCGGCGCCCAGGAAGAAAGAGGCAUGGUAAUGUUCGCCUCAUACUACGAGUACUGCGAUGGCGGGGAUCUUUAUCGGAUUCUCCACGGCUAUCAGGAAGGACACCAACUCCUGGACUUAGCAAUACAAAGAAGACAUAUGGUCCGUAUCGCAAAUUUAGGCCGUCAGAUGCGCCAUGAGGAAUAUCUCCAGGUCCCCGCUCUCCACGAUCGACACUAUCCUCCAGAACUUUUCCUCUGGCACAUAUUCUCGCAGCUCAUCUCCGCCAUUCUCUUCCUGCACAACGAACAUCCCGAUUACAAUACCCGGCCGGAACACAAAAAUCGCGGUAUGAUCAUCACCAUGGAUCUCGCGCCGCAGAACGUGUUUCUGAAAUGGCCACCCCAUGCCUCGACCCCCGAGGCGCGAUCAAAAGUAUACCCCGAUAUCAAAGUUGGAGAUUUCGGGACUGCGAAUUUUCUCCCGCCUGGCGGACGCAUUGACGCGGAAGAGGGUGGUGAUGAUGGAACAACCCCGGAUAAGGACUACUAUGAUGCACAGACGGAUGUGUGGACGGUGGGGCUGAUGAUAUAUAACUUUGCGACGCGCCCGCCGGUUGUGGAUGCGGCGGAGGAAAUCCUGGGGGUACCCAGUGCGCCGGUGAAGAAAGUGGCUCCGGCUGUGAAGGGGGAUAUUGCGGGGAAUUAUAGUGCGCAGUUGAACAAAGUGAUUCGAGCUGCGAUGAAAGAUGAGCGAGAAAAAAGAAUUGAAGAAAAGAAGCUAGGACGGAUUCUUCAAGAAGGGUACAAGAUUCGCAUACCGCUUAUGUUUAAGAGUCUUCCCGACUGGGCGAUAUCGCAGGAAAAAGUGCUGAAGUAUCGAUUCUCGGAAGGGCACGUGAGGGAAUUAUGGGAGCGGGAUUGGAAUUUGGCGAUUGCGGAGGAGGAGGCGGCGGAGGCGGCGGCGGUGGAGGAUGAGGAGAGGGUAUAUAAUUUGAUGUUGUUGGUGAAGGAGAGGAAGUUGCGGUUUGGGAUUGAGUUGGACGAGGACGAGAGCGAUGAUGAACAGCAUCCGACGUGGAUACAAGGCUUGAGGGAUGAAAAUCCGGAGCUUUAUGCGGAGCUUUUGGCCGAGGCGAAGUUGAAGGUUCCGAGUCCUAAGGUGCCGGGUUUGGGAAAGAAAGUGCCGAGUCCCGAGGUAAUGGAUUCGGGAGAGAGUGAGGAAGAUUUGGCGUGAAGUGGUGAGAUGGGGGCUUAAAUGUUUAUUCUGUGUUUAUAAACUUUUUCUAUCAGAGGCUUGAUGAUCUAAACGAAGCAGCUCUAAAAACAAUACAUAUGAGUUGUAAAGUUGGAAUACUAGCACCAAUUGCAAGAUAUACAUGGAUUAUAUAGUAUCAAAAUGCUAGGAAUAUGGUUGAUUUUGAAACAAUGAAAAAGAUGAGAGCGUGAGAAGCAGGAAAAUAUUCAAUAGGUCUGAACAAGAAACUACAAUGUAGUUAUUUUCAAGAGGGGGGUCAGAAAUCUCGUAUAAAUUCGUAUCCA